GGAAGCGGGUGGUUCUCUUGCUCCAGCCGUGUGGACCGGCGCGGCAGCUGGAGCUCUAGCAUCCCCGCCGGCGCCUCCAAGAGCAGCGGAAACGGUACCGCUGCCGGAGCAGCGCGAUCCCGACUCUCUGCCGCCCUGGCUGGCAAGAUGCUGCCGGUGUACCCGGAGUUGAAGCCCAACCCGCUGCAGGGCGCGAAUCUCUGCUCGCGCGUGUUAUUCUGGUGGCUAAACCCCUUGUUUAAAAUUGGUCACAAACGGAGAUUAGAAGAAGAUGAUAUGUAUUCAGUGCUUCCGGGAGAUCGCUCAAAGCAUCUUGGAGAAGAGUUGCAAGGGUACUGGGAUAAAGAAGUUUUGAGAGCUGAGAAAGACUCACAGAAGCCUUCUUUAACAAAAGCAAUCAUAAAGUGUUACUGGAAACCCUAUUUAGUUCUGGGAAUUUUUACGUUUAUUGAGGAAGGCCUCAAAGUAAUCCAGCCCAUAUUUUUGGGAAAGAUUAUUACUUAUUUUGAAAACUAUGAUCCCACUGAUUCUGUGGCUCUGCACGAAGCCUACGUCUAUGCCACGAUGCUGACUGUUUGCACGCUUCUUUUCGCCUUACUGCACCAUCUGUACUUCUAUCACGUCCAGUGUGCUGGGAUGAAGUUAAGAGUAGCCAUGUGCCAUAUGAUUUACCGGAAGGCCCUUCGCCUUAGUAACGUGGCCUUGGGUAAGACCACUACAGGCCAGAUUGUCAAUCUGCUGUCCAAUGACGUGAACAAAUUUGAUCAGGUAACAAUAUUCUUGCACUUUCUGUGGGCAGGCCCACUGCAGGCUAUCGUAGUAACUGCCCUGCUCUGGAUGGAAAUAGGAAUAUCGUGUCUUGCCGGGAUGGCAGUUCUAAUUAUUCUUCUGCCUUUGCAAAGCUGCAUUGGGAAGUUGUUCUCAUCACUCCGGAGCAAGACCGCAGCUUUCACAGACGUCAGGAUCAGGACCAUGAAUGAAGUUAUAACUGGCAUAAGAAUAAUAAAAAUGUAUGCUUGGGAAAAGUCAUUUGCGGACCUUAUUACCAAUUUGAGAAGGAAGGAAAUUUCCAAGAUUCUGAGAAGUUCCUACCUUAGAGGAAUGAAUUUAGCGUCUUUUUUGGUGGCCGGCAAAGUCAUCGUGUUUGUGACCUUCACUACCUAUGUGCUCCUUGGCCAUGUGAUCACAGCCAGCCGCGUGUUCGUGGCCGUGACACUGUAUGGGGCUGUGCGUUUGACGGUCACUCUCUUCUUCCCCUCGGCCAUCGAGAAGGUGUCAGAGACAGUCGUCAGCAUCCGAAGAAUCAAGAACUUUCUGUUGCUUGAUGAGAUAACAGCGUGUAAUGCUGAGCUGCCAUCAGACGGUAAAACAAUAGUGCAUGUGCAAGAUUUUACUGCUUUUUGGGAUAAGGCAUCAGAAACCCCAACCCUACAAGGUCUUUCCUUUACUGUCAGACCCGGUGAAUUGUUAGCUGUGGUCGGACCUGUGGGAGCAGGAAAGUCAUCACUUUUAAGUGCUGUGCUGAGGGAACUGCCCCCGAGCCAGGGCCUGGUCAGUGUGCAUGGAAGAAUCGCCUAUGUUUCUCAGCAGCCCUGGGUGUUUUCAGGAACUGUGAGGAGUAAUAUUUUAUUUGGGAAGAAAUAUGAAAAGGAGCGAUAUGAACAAGUAAUAAAGGCUUGUGCUUUGAAAAAGGAUUUGCAGCUUUUGGAGGAUGGAGAUCUAACUGUGAUAGGAGAUCGGGGAAGCACGCUGAGUGGAGGGCAGAAAGCUCGGGUCAACCUCGCAAGAGCAGUAUAUCAGGAUGCAGACAUCUACCUUCUGGACGACCCUCUCAGUGCAGUGGAUGCAGAAGUUGGCAAGCACUUGUUCCAACUGUGUAUUUGUCAAACCUUGCAUGAGAAGAUCACAAUCUUAGUGACUCAUCAGUUGCAGUACCUAAAAGCUGCAAGUCAGAUUCUGAUAUUGAAAGAUGGUAAAACGGUGCAAAAGGGGACGUACACUGAGUUUCUGAAAUCCGGGGUAGAUUUUGGUUCCCUUUUAAAGAAGGAAAAUGAGGAGGCUGAACAAUCUUCCAUGCCAGAAAGUCCCACGCUGAGGAAUCGGACUUUCUCGGAAUCUUCGGUUUGGUCUCAACAGUCUUCUAGACCCUCAUUGAAAGAUGGUGCUCCAGAGACCCAAGCUAAUGAGAAUAUACCGGUUGCAGUAACCGAGGAGAGCCGUUCUGAAGGAAAAAUUGGUCUUAAGGCCUACAAGAAUUACUUCACAGCUGGUACACACUGGUGUAUCAUCAUUUUCCUUAUCCUGCUGAACACCGCAGCCCAGGUUGUCUACGUUCUUCAGGAUUGGUGGCUUUCACACUGGGCAAAUGAACAGACUGCCCUGAACGUCACUGUAAAUGGAAAAGGAAAUGUAACUGAGAAGCUCGAUCUUAACUGGUACUUAGGAAUUUAUUCAGGUUUAACGAUAGUUACCGUCAUUUUCGGCAUAGUAAGAUCCCUGUUGGUAUUCUACGUCCUUGUUAAUUCUUCACAAGCUCUACACAACAGAAUGUUUGAGUCCAUUUUGAAAGCUCCAGUAUUGUUUUUUGAUAGGAAUCCAAUAGGAAGAAUUUUAAAUCGUUUCUCCAAAGACAUUGGACACAUGGAUGACCUGCUGCCCCUGACAUUUCUAGAUUUCAUCCAGACAUUUCUGCAAGUGAUCGGUGUGGUAGGCGUGGCGGUGGCCGUGAUUCCUUGGAUUGCAAUACCCCUGGUUCCCCUUGGCAUCAUUUUCUUUGUUCUUCGUGGCUAUUUCUUAGAAACAUCAAGAGAUGUCAAACGCCUGGAAUCUACAACACGGAGCCCAGUAUUUUCCCACCUAUCGUCUUCUCUCCAGGGACUCUGGACCAUCCGGGCAUUUAAAACUGAAGAGAGAUUUCAGGAACUGUUUGAUGCCCACCAGGAUUUGCAUUCAGAGGCUUGGUUCUUGUUUUUGACGACAUCCCGAUGGUUCGCCGUACGUCUGGAUGCCAUCUGUGCCAUCUUUGUCAUUGUUGUUGCCUUUGGGUCCCUGAUUCUGGCACAAACUUUGAAUGCUGGACAGGUUGGCCUGGCAUUGUCCUACGCCCUUACCCUCAUGGGGACGUUCCAGUGGUGUGUUAGGCAAAGUGCUGAAGUUGAGAAUAUGAUGAUUUCAGUAGAAAGGGUGAUGGAAUAUACAGACCUGGAGAAGGAAGCUCCUUGGGAAUGCCCAAAACGCCCACCACCGGCCUGGCCCCAUGAAGGAGUGAUUGUCUUUGACAAUGUGAACUUCACGUACAGUUUAGACGGGCCUCUGGUAUUAAAACACCUGACAGCGCUCAUUAAAUCAAGAGAAAAGGUUGGCAUCGUGGGGAGAACAGGAGCUGGAAAAAGUUCCCUCAUCUCAGCCCUUUUUAGAUUAUCAGAACCCGAAGGUAAAAUUUGGAUUGAUAAGAUCUUGACAACUGAAAUUGGACUUCACGAUUUAAGGAAGAAAAUGUCAAUCAUACCUCAGGAACCUGUUUUAUUCACUGGAACAAUGAGGAAAAACCUGGAUCCCUUUAAUGAGCAUACGGAUGAGGAACUGUGGAAUGCCUUAAAAGAGGUACAACUUAAAGAAGCCAUCGAAGAUCUUCCCGGUAAAAUGGAUACUGAAUUAGCAGAAUCCGGAUCAAACUUCAGUGUUGGACAGAGACAGCUGGUAUGCCUUGCCAGGGCUAUUCUCAAGAAAAAUCGGAUAUUGAUAAUUGAUGAAGCAACAGCAAAUGUGGAUCCAAGAACUGAUGAGUUAAUACAAAAAAAAAUCCGUGAGAAAUUUGCCCAGUGCACUGUGCUAACCAUUGCACACAGGUUGAACACCAUUAUCGACAGCGACAAGAUUAUGGUUUUGGAUUCAGGAAGAUUGAAAGAAUAUGAUGAGCCAUAUGUUUUGCUGCAAGAUAAAGAGAGCCUAUUUUACAAGAUGGUGCAACAACUAGGCAAGGCAGAAGCUGCUGCCCUCACUGAAACAGCAAAACAGGUGUACUUCAAAAGGAAUUAUCCAGAUAUCACUCAGAAUGGCCACAUGGUGAUGAAUGCUUCCAAUGGACAGCCGUCAGCCUUGACUAUUUUUGAGACUUCACUGUGAUGCUACCACAAUGUCGGGUCUAUUCUGAAAGCAUUUUACUCUACUCCACUUGCUUUUUUAUACUAGUAGCAAGGAUUUACACAUACAAGAUGUUAGUUUAUUUGGACUUUUUCCUCCCACUUCACCCAAUGAUUUCAAGCUCUCACAAAAUUAUUAUUUUUAUUUAUGUUAAUAGUUUGUUUGUUUGUUUGUUUGUUUUUAAUCCACAUCAGAGGUGCAGGCCACCAAUAAAAGCUGUCUAUCAGGUUUGUGCCUUAAAAGACUCCGGAUCCAAAGCUCAUUUUGUAAAGUAUGAGACAAAGUUGUAACAGACGUUUUUUUGUGUGUUUUUUUUUUUACUACCCCUAAAUUACAUGUUACUCUCCGGUUAUAUCAGGGAUUCUAUUUACUUGAAAACUGUGUGAAGUUGCCAUUUUGUCUCACCACUUUAUUGAAGGUAACUAGGAUCCAUUAUUUCGCUCCACAGGCCUCUGGUUAAAAUAGUACUUAUAAAACUAAUAGGCAAAACAUAAGAAUAUACUUUAGUAUAAGUGGCAUUAUAGUAGGGAGAGUCUACUCUGCCCCCCAAGUGGGUAUAUAGUUAAAAUAUAGAAAGACAAUAUUUAUGUGUUCUAAAAGAGAAGGAAGAGAAAAUAAUGCUUUCUCAAAAUAGGAGCCCUUCUCUAGGUGAUUUGAUAAUGAAGGACAUAAAGUGUGAUCAUCAGUCGUCUUUUACAUUUGCAUGACUUUGACAUGGGAACCAUUGCAAUUUUAUUUUAUUUUAUUUUUUAAGGAGGGUACCACUCACCGUGGCCCAUGCAGGGAUCGAACCGGCAACCUUGGUGUUAUUAGCACCACGCGCUCUAACCAACUGAGCUAACCAGCCACCCCAAGAACCACUGCAAUUUUAAAAUCAGUGUGGUGAUAGGUUCAAAAAAAGGUCAAUCUGCUAACAGUAAUUCCUGAAUAUGUAAUAGUAUUCUCGUUUGGAUUUCUAGUUUACUGAUGGCUAACCCUCUGUUGACUAUAAGCCUUCUGGUUUGGCAUUUAUUUAAAUCCCUUCUAAAUUACAUGUAUAGCUUCUCCUGAGUUGGUGAGAAAAGCCAAAAAUCAUUGCAAACAUUGACUGUAAUUACACAGUAUGUUCUCAGGAUGCAUCCAGAGGUUCACUUUUAUGAACCUGCCCAGGUUAGUUUACUUCUGAUCACUAAUAGCAGUUUGUUUAGGUCCACAUUGUUUCCUAGGGACUGCUGUACUUUAUUUCACUGUGGGUCUUUAGUUUUUUCUUGAUGAUGGUGGCUAUGGUAUGUUGAGUUCGAGUUAUAAUACUAAAGGUUUUACUGUCAUGAUUUUAAGUAGACUCUCAUGACCUCUCAGAAUAAGGUAUAACUGCCCUCAAGUUGCAUAUAUUAACAUAUAUGCCUUUGUAUAGCAGGUUGUUGGACUCUUCAAGGGAGAGAAACAGAUGUUUUUAUAGAAUCAAGCCUUAAAAAGCACACACACAGUAAACUACCAAAAGGCACUGAGUACACAACUGUUGAACUCUUUGUAUUUAGAAAUAAUAUGAUUAAUGUUUAGUCCAGUAAACUAGUAAGUUGUUUAAUAGACAAGAUUGGUAUUUCAGGAGACUGAAAUGAUAGCAAUGCAAUAAUUAGGUUUGUUAAAACAGUGGAAAUAUUUGAAAUGUUUGUCUUUAGAGGUUAAAGGCGAUUAAGAAAUGUUUCUAUUUUAUUUCUGUUUUAUUGUCAUCAUAGAGUUUUCGAUGAAACAAAAUUCAGUUGAAAUAAAUGACAGUUUUCAUCUCCAUUUAGAGAUCUGUAUUUUUGUUCUUAGAAGGAUUACUUAUGUCUUUGCUGUUGAAAGCCAAUGAGUUUUCCUGAGAUCAAAAAAUAUCUU